AUGGCGGACAAUUUACUGCACUCGCAGAACUACCUCAACUGGAGUGUGCUCAACAAGUUCUACAACAAGGCAAGUUUCUGCACUUCGAGAGAUCCGAUAACUGAUAAAAUGAAUAAACCUUAUUAUAAACAAGAAUAACCCAAAACUCAAACUUCAGCUUGCCAUUUUCGUUUUGAUCAGUGAAGAGUUAGAAGGGCUUUUCUGCCAGUCAAGGGGCAAAUGUGACACAUUUUUCCAAAAAUGUUUGUGCCACUACCUAUGAGAAGUGGAGCUUUGAAAACUAAGAAAAACCCCUUUUUCCUUUUUCCUGAAGCCGAUUUAGAAUGAAGCUGUUCUGAAGUGCAUAUUAAAUAGGAUCCAAAAAAACUUUUAAAAGUCUUACUUCCAAGCUUCCAUUUUGGAACGGGUGAGAAUUAAACGGUUAGAUCGAGGUUUCAAAGCCUUUGAAACUGCCAAGAGAAGAGCCAGCAGUUUGAACUGCUGCUGUGUUCCCUGUGACGCAACAUGGGGAAGACGGCAGGCUCUUUUUUGAAAACGCAACCAUGGGCGUUUUCCAAGCAAAAUGGGUCUUUUGUGCCGGAAACCUCUGGUUCUCACCACGGCGCGCUCUGAAAAAGUUGAAAGCUCAUGCCGACGCGUCCGACCGUCACACACGCUGCCCUUUUUCGUCCUGCUGCGGCUCGUCAUUUACUUCUUUCAACGCGCCCAAGAUGGUCGACUGGAACGAUUUUCUGAGCAAUUCUUGGCUCUUGCAACUGAUGGCGGCUGAUGAAUCGCCAGUCGCCGUUCUUUUCGAGGACGAUUCUUUUAAAUUGGCGUGCUUCCAAAUGCUGACUAAUAUUUAUUACAACGAAUUACUGAUCUCGUUACAGAAUAAUGUAGGACUGCUUCAAAACGUGACGGUACUUUUUUCAAACUUCAGAAAAAAAAAUUAGCCUAUCAAGUGUCUUUUCUUGAUGAUUGAAAAAAACAAAAACAUUACAAAAAAAAAAUGAAUAAUGGUUUAUGCUUUGAAAAAUAAUUACAGCCGCCUCUGAGCACUCCAGAUGAUCCGGUCAUUCACAGUCCACCGGCUCUCGGUUCUCAUCCUUCCAAUGUCAACGGUGUGAUAGAGAAGACUCGUUGUAUAAUUUUUAAGUUUUUGAUUUUUCAGGGUACUCGGGUCUCAACGGUCAGGUGAAGAUGGAAGAUGGAACUAGCGGAGCUUGCACUUCUCCAGACGAUAGUGGUGAUCAGGGUUCUGAGGUAUUCCAAACUUAUUUAGUGAGUGAACCAGAACUGUAUUCCAGGAAAGUCGGCGAAGACAGAAAACUUGUCGCGUUUGUGGGGAUCACGCCACCGGUUACAACUUCAACGUCAUCACAUGCGAGUCUUGUAAAGCCUUUUUCCGCCGCAACGCCCUUCGUCCUAAGGUUUCAAAACUUUUCAAGCUUUUUUUACAUACUUAAAAAAACAUUUUUUUCACAAUGUUUUGAAGCCAAAAAAAUAAAUAAAAAAACCGAGAAGAAGUUUAAAAAGCCUCCUUUUGCAGGAAUUCAAAUGUCCGUACUCGGAAGACUGUGACAUCAAUGCCGUCAGCCGCAGAUUCUGCCAAAAAUGUCGUCUUAGAAAGUGCUUCACGGUGAGAAAAUUUUCAUUUUUUGCCAAUUUCUUCUCCCUCGAAGUUGUAGGUCGGAAUGAAAAAGGAAUGGAUUCUGAAUGAAGACCAGCUGCGUCGGCGCAAAAACUCGCGCCUGAACAAUGUGGCGAGCGCGAAAAGAACGCAACAGCACCACCAAAUGCAACAGCCUUCGAUGCCAACAAAUCCGGCCGUCGCAGUCUAUGUCAGUAUCCUGUUCAUAUCCAAGAAAACUUUGAACUUAUUCAGAAUGAAAAAAGUCGAAAUUUGUAAAUUAGUUAGAACUUCUCGAAAGUUCAAAAUGAACAGUCUUAGGAAACACUCAAAAAAAAAAACGCAAAAAUCUGAGUUCUUUUCUUUCUUAGACAGUUCUCAGUGUUAGAAAAGAGCUAAAUAACCUUAAAUCUUUAAUCUUAACUGCAUGUCCAUCAGGAGUGAAAAUUGUCAGUACUGGAACAAUGCAAGAGUUUUCAGCAACAACAGACACAGCGACCUCUUUCCAUCACUCCAAUGGAAACUCAGGUAACAAUCCAAACUGUGAAAGCUUGCCAAUAAAUAAGUUGUCCAGACGGCCCAUCAUAUGAAUCAGCACAGCAGGAAUCAAUGCUUGGCCUCUACGCUCGUGAGUCCUCCUGGUGGACAAACUGUUCGUUGCUUUUUUUUUUUACUCGAUUCAAAAUUUUCAAGCGCAUCCGAAGUGCAGAGCUUCAUAAACAGAAAUAUUUCAGUAUCCAAUGACGUCACCAAUGGGAUCAACAGCUUCUGAUUCGCCUCCUUCGCGUCAUCUCAACAUGCUUCAUAACAACGACAGCGCCAGCCCAGAAGGGGUAAACUUUUUUUUGUCUAAAAAAUGUUGUAGAAUCUAGUAUGUUCAGUAUGAUCCUAACAUUAUCAUGUCACAGCGGAUGCCGGUCAAUCAUCAGCCCAACUUACCUCGUCCAAAAAUCGAUUCUGAAGGAAAGGUAAUCAGUAAUGUAAUUGAAGUUUGAACCAAAUGAUCUCAAUAACAGGUUACACUUUCUGAAUUCGAAUACAAACAACUUUUGGCGCGCAUUCCUGGAUCGCACUCGAUGGAUGGGGACGAGCCGACCAGCAAAAGGUAUACCUCAUUCACCCUAAAAAUUAUACAAGUUUCCUUUUUCUGCACACAUUUUGCGGUUUCACUCAGAGUUUUUCAACGCUCCAUCAAGAGAAAUAAAAAUUGAACAAUUUCAGAACUGCCUAUUCGGCACCUCAAAACGGCCAACAGCCAAUUCCAAUGAAUAACAACACACCGCCUUUUCCACUGACCGAGAUGCAAAACACACGCAACGACUCGGCUUCUUCUGGUUAGAUUAAUUUUGUGGGAUAAUUUUUAAAAAUAAAUCCCCAUUCAGGACACGGCUCUCAGAGUCAGGGCUUCGAUCUGUCAUCAUUUGGAAUGGGCAUGGCAAAUGCCUUUGGUGGUGAUUCGACCGAAGAAUUCGGGCGUCGGAUGAAUCUCUUCUACGAUACAAUCAUCCAAAGAGCCCUUGACAGUCCUGACACCAACGUACAGCCUUCAAACGCCGAAGGUGCAUGCAUACUGCCAAAACCGGAAUUGGUAAGACGAAAAAUUGGAGUUUAAAAUUUAGAAAGUUUUCAGUACGACUCGUUUUUCCCACCUGACCAACGUGUGAACUACCAGCUCAAUGCUGCAGAGCUUCGGGCUUUGGACGUGGUGAAAUAUUGAAUAAACUCAAUAACUGUUAAUUUUUGAAGGUAAAAGAAGCAUUUUACGACAUUGAUGACCAACUGGAGCAAGGUCCUUCCGUUCAAGCUUUUUUGAAAGUAAGUUUCUAAAGCCCUGAUUUCAUCUAGAAGAAAUUCUCAGGUGAACAAAAUGCCGGUCGACAUUUUGCACAUCGUUGACGCUGGUAUGCGUCGUUUCGUUCGCGUCGCCAAACGGAUUCCGGCUUUUCACGACCUCACGCAGGAUGGGAAACUCUCUUUGCUCAAAGGUUUUCUGAAAUUAUUUUCAAUAUAUCAUAUUUCUUUUUGCAGGUGGUAUGAUUGAAAUGCUGACAAUUCGUGGCAUGACCCGUUAUGAUACGGCCACAAACUCAUUCACUACACCUACUAUCAAAGGCGUCGUUGCUUCGGUCAGUCUAUAUUUCAACUUGAGACAAAUUUAGAAUGAAAGUUCAGGUGAAUGUUGAUGACAUGUUUGCUAAACUCACAGCCAACGCACAAUCGCAGAAAGAAAAAUGCUUGAGGUUUUUCAAGACAUCUGAAACAGAAAAAAAGAAGAAUAAUUUUUGUAGGUUCUUCCAUUUCUUUGACGAAGAGUUGAAAAAGAACGAACUGGCGGUGUACUUAGUGAUGUGCGCCGUUUUGUUCACGAUUCGGAGAGAUCCUCCGAUGUGCGAUUCCGAUAUUCGUAUUGUAACGAUCCAGCACGACCACUUCAUGUGUCUUCUCAACAGGUUGAAAAAAAUUAUUUUUUUAUUUUCAUUGAUUUUUUUGGGAAAUUUGCUCGAAAAAUUUUUUUCAGUCGUCUGAAUUUUCACAAAGAAAAAAAGAGAAACAAUUUUUUAAUUCCCCAAAACUUUUUUUCAAAAAAAUUGGGAGGUUUUAAAGUUCAGCCAAAUUUUUUUCGUCGUCCAACCGGCCUUCUAAAAGUUUUUUUACAAGGCCUUCAAAGAAUUUUUGAGCUUUUGAGUUGAGGAAUUCAAACUUUUUUCAGGUAUCUCACUUCUUUGUAUGGAGACAACGCUCGACGGCUCUUUUCUCGCAUUCCAACGGCUCUUCACAUGCUGAACGUGAGAACUACUCAAUUUUUUUACCGUUUUUAGAACUAUUUUCAACAGCCUCUCUAAAAAUCAUGUACCUUCAGGAUAUUUCGACUCACGCCGGCAUGAUUUUCAUGGGUGUCGUGAAACCUCAAGAAGCAGCCGACUUGCCCAAGGAGUUUUUCAAAAUUGAAUAA